AUGGGACCAGAAGUAAGUGUGAGCAGGAAGUGUAUUGAGAGCAGAAGUGUCAGGAGACGAAGUGUGAAGGACGAAAAGUGUCAGGAGACGAAUGUGAGGACGAAGUGUGAACAGGAAUGUAUUGAGCACAAGUGUCAGGAACGAAGUGUGAUGGGACCAGAACAGAAGUGUCAGGAGACGAAGUGUGAAGGACGAAGUGUGAACAGGAAGUGUAUUGAGAGCAGAAGUGUCAGGAGACGAAGUGUGAAGGACGAAGUAAGUGUCAGGAGAAGAAGUGUGAUGGACCAGAAGUGUGAACAGGAAGUGAAGUGUAUUGAGAGCAGAAGUGCCAGGAGAAGAAGUGUGAUGGGACCAGAAGUGAAGUGUAUUGAGAGCAGAAGUGCCGCGAGACGAAGUGUGAUGGGACCAGAAAGUGUGAACAGGAAGUGUAUUGAGAGCAGAAGUUGCCAGAGACGAAGUGUGAAGGCGAAGUGUGAUGGGACCAGAAGUGUGAACAGGAAGUGUAUUGAGAGCAGAAGUGCCGGGAGACGAAGUGUGAAGCACGAAGUAAGCGGAAGUGUGAAGGAAAUAAGAGUAAAUAGAAAGUUUACUGAGAGCAGAAGUGUGCAGGGAAAAACAGAGAGUAUAUUGAAGGCAGAAGUGUGGAUAGGCGGAAGUGUGAUAAGAAGGUGUGAUGGAAGAUGGGUAAAUAAGAAGUGUACUAAGAGAAGAAGUGUGGAGAAGCGGAAGUGUGAAGGAAAAGAUGUGACGUGA